AACAAAAGCACCGCUGGCAAAACAGCCUGCGUCAGCACGGUGCCGCACGUUCCAGAGAUAUCACUUUCGUCCGAUACAUGGCACAUGCCGUUUGGAAACACUCGGAUGGCAAAGACGGACAGUGAUAGAGCAGACCGACGCACUCGCACGCAUCAACGCACUCGCUCCAUACCUCACCUUACUUUCCUCUGUCUUGGGCCCUUUGCUCAGCUGCACUGGAAUUCAGAUGCUUCUUUCACAAGCACCUUAAUCGACUCUCCCGGCUCUCAGCACCGACACAUUGCUUCCUUUUUCCAGAAUAAACUGGAAGCCACAAGUGGUAUCCGAAUCAACGGUCCGACGGACAACGGUCAAACCAAAUUCGUUCAUGCCUUUCAUCGUACAUGUUUGCUCAGGCUCCGGCCUAGGCGACUUACACGCAUCCUAGGCAAUACCAGGCUGACGAGCAGAACGACAACCGCAACGCAAUGGCAGAUUGCCACAAAAUGCGAAGUACGGUAUACGGUGCUGCACUGCAUGGCUCAGCAUAAGACAAUGUUCUAUUUGACAUGGAAUCCCAAAUUCGCUCUCGCUACGUUAUCUUCCUCAAUUCAAAGUUUGCAGGCUUUGAGAUGGGCCGGUACUUGCAACUGCUCAUUGCCUGCCUCACAAGGCAAUGUUUCCCCGCCUGCCUCUUCAGGCUGACUCUGACAAGCUUCAGUUUCCAGAAUACCGCACUUCCCUGCUGUCUUGACUUGCCAACUCCAACAUAUCCGCGGUGAGAGGGGCGAGGGGCGUGGGCCUUAGCCACCCUGGUUGAGGGAAAGGGCGUGGUCUUAGUCGGCCCGUACGCAAUAUCCCU